AUUAACCCGGGCACCACGGCACACGCCGCAUUGUUCCCGUGCACGGCAGGUGCGAGUGAGCCUUUUGCUCCUGUGAAUCCUCUCUCUCGCUUUCUGUGUGUGUGUAUCUGUCUGUACGUGAGUCGGCUCACGCAUCGCGACUAAAAAUUUCAUCAACGUUUCCGACAGACGCGGCCGCAUUGUGCUGGGAGGCCAAUGUUGUUUUUUGGUUGUUUUUAAAUAAAGCACAAGGGUCAAUCAAGGAAGAGGCUUCGGCACAUCCCUGCAAAGAAAUACCCGAGGGAGAUUUUUGUUUCGAAAAAAAAAUUCAUUUAUCUCAAUGAGAGUGCUAUUUUGAAAAAGGGUAACAUUCUGUGGCCAUAUUAAUAACGAUUUUUUUGAAAGUUUGCACAUUAUCGUCAAGUACUACAUAUGGAUUGAAAGCUAAAUAUUAAUUUUAAAUACUCCGAUGAAUUAUCAACACGUCAAUGUGCUCGCUGCAACCGCGCCAUAUGAUAUAUCAGAUGACAGCAGACGGCACAGAAAAUAGAUCGUGUUAAUCUCAAAAGAGAGCCUCACCACGCGUCUGGGCCAAACGUGGCAUCGCAGAAGAGAAACGGGCGACCAUGGCUCAAGUUCCCAACCUGUCGGACCCAGACGUGAACAUCAGCAAAGUGGCGAUGAACGCCACGCAGCAGCUAGAAGGGCAGCAAAACUUCUACGUGGUCGUCCCCAUCAUCUACUCGUUCAUUUGCGCCGUGGGCCUCCUGGGCAACACGGCCGUCAUCUACGUGAUUCUGCGCGCGCCCAAGAUGAGGACGGUGACCAACAUGUUCAUUCUCAACCUGGCCAUCGCCGACGAGCUCUUCACCCUGGUGCUGCCCAUCAACAUCGCCGACCACCUGCUCCUCGAGUGGCCCUUCGGGCAGGCGAUGUGCAAGCUCAUCGUCGCCAUCGACCACUACAACAUGUUCACGAGCAUCUACUUCCUGACCGUGAUGAGCAUCGACCGCUACCUCGUGGUGCUCGCCACGGUCAAGUCGCGCUCGUUCACGUGGCGCACCUACGCCGUGGCCAAGUGGGUGUGCGGCGGCGUCUGGGCGCUCGUGAGCCUCGUGGUGUUGCCCUUCGUGGUGUUCGCCAGCAACGGCAUCGUCGACUCGCAGCGGCACACGCGCUGCGGCCUGGAGCUGCCCAGCCCCGAGGCGGAGUGGCUGCGUGCCGUGCGCACCUACACGCUCAUCGCAGGCUUCGUGCUCCCCGUCACCACCAUCUGCACGCUCUACACGUCCAUGCUGCGGCAGCUCAGGGGCCUCCGCUUGAGCUCCAACAACGCGCGCGCCCUCGACAAGGCAAAGCGCAAGGUGACACUGAUGGUGGCCGUGGUGCUGGGCGUGUGCCUGCUCUGCUGGACUCCCUACCACCUGAGCACCGUCGUGGCGCUGACGGUGGACCUCAACGAGACGCCCAUGGUCAUCGCCGUCUCGUACUUCAUCAUCAGCCUGAGCUACACAAACAGCUGCCUCAACCCGCUGCUGUACGCGUUCCUAGACGAAAGCUUUCGCCGGAGCUUUCUCAAGCUCCUCGAGUGCAAGGCUGGCUGACGAGGUGCAACGAGGUUUAUCUGCAACUGUGAGUGUUUUGAAGGGGGUUGGAUGGGGGGUGGAGACAAGACGGAGGUGAUUGUGGAGCUAUUGACCAGCAGAAUGCAAGACAGACUGUUCAUCCUUGAAGCUGCACUGUCAAACGGGUGAUUGAAAGAAGGUAAAAUGCUGUCCCAAUGCGUAAUUUCCACUACAUGUUAAUCAACACUUACAUUGCAUACGUUGCUUUUAAAUGCCCAACACUUUAAACAUCAAUUCGGUGCUGACACAAGUGAUUAUGGCAGUUUGUUAGUCGCGGUUAGGUUCGCAUUUGCCCCCAAAAAAGUGGAGAUGGCUACGAUCUCACCUUAACUUUUUUGUAUUAUCGCUCACUGUCAGCUUAGGUAUUCUCGCGCUCUUCCAAAAGGGCCACCACCCACGAUGAUAAUUGGUCUCUUGCGAUGUAUUCACCAAUGGCAAAGGGUCACCAACUCUGCAUGCUUGCCUGUUGUGGACACGACCUGGGAGUAAGACGGUCAGCUGUGUAUGUGUGUGCCGAGCGAGCAAAAUCACCGAUUUAAUCAAAGCACCGUGUGAGCUGUACAGGGAGUGUGAGACGCCACGUGGAAGACGAGCGUUUGAAUUGCUAACUCCUCUGAUGAUAGCUAAAUACGCCUGCUAUGUUGUGGCUUUAGUUAUUGACAAUAUGUACUCCUCAAAUUGUUCAUGGACCGUGUCAUUUGAAAAAUCUCUUGGAAACCCCAUCACGCGUUAACCGGUCCCUUUUUAUGUUUGUGCUGCCAUCUCUUUAGGUGACAGUGAGAUGUCGGCUAGCCUCAACAAAACCUGGCCUGCAUUCCUCCCUUUUCCAGAGCUUAGCAGCGCAACAAGGCUAAAAGUCAACAGCCGGGAUGGGUCAUUUACAGGAAUUAGUGGUGGAUUUAAGAUUGUAAAUGAGCAAGUGACAAAUCAUUAAAACUGUUCCUCAAAUUCAUGAAUAAAUCUUGACUUAAAGCUUUCGUGACUGCAGUCAUUCAUACACUUUGGGUCUUUCGGUAAAGUCGCGUAGAUAGAAAAAAAAAUCGCGGCGUUUUGAUCGCAACACAAGCAAUCGUCUUCAGGUGAAAAAAAAAUGCAGCAGGCAGACUGCCGAGGCAGGAAGAAAUUUAGCGAGAGUGACUGCAGCCAUUGGUUAUCAAGGUUUGAGAUGGGCACAACCCAAGGGUAAGUGGGCGGGGCUAGAGAUGGAAUUUGCAAG